AUGCAGGUAGGCCCCCUCUUCUGGGCGGGAGGGCACAGGGAAUGCCGGGGUGGGUGUUACCUGCCUCCUUGUUCUUCUGUCCCGGGCAGCUAUCAGCACCUGGCGCCCUCCGGGCUCUUCGGAUGGGGUCGCCGCUAUUCGGAGCCACCAUUUUUCGCCGUGCCGGCUGGGACCUGGAUACAACUGCCCCGCAGGGCCUCCGAGCCCAGCUUCCGGCCCUCCACCCCUGCGGGCUGGGCCCGAGGCAGGUUCCGGGCCCGCUGGGCCGCGGAGCUGGGUCUGGAGGAGGCUCGUGGCAGCACCGGGAGGUCCCUGUCUGCAUCAUCUGCUGCUGGGACCCCCAGCCGUGCCCAGGAGCCUCAGCCUGGGUCAGACCUUGUGCAGGAGCUCUCGGGCACCCUGCAGAACCUGGACCUGACAGAGGGCCGGCAGGACAGCCGGGAUGUGGUGUGCGGCAUCUGCAGGGACAGAGUGUGGGACAAGCCUGAGGCCCAGAGGGUCUUCGGCAUCCUGCCCAACUGCAGCCACGCCUACUGCCUGGGCUGUCUGCGCACCUGGCGCCAGACCCCGCGCCUGCCGCUGGAAGUCAUCAAGGCCUGUCCCCAGUGCCGUGUCUAUUCCAGCUACAUCAUCCCCUACAAGUUCUGGGUGAGUGAGGGGCCCGAGAAGGAGCAGCUCAUCCGGAGCUUCACAGCUCGGACCCGAUCCAGUGCCGGUUCUUCAUGGAGGGGAACGGCCACUGCCCCUUCAGAUCCGGCUGCAUCUACCUGCACCAGCUCCCGGAGCCGGCGCUGGCCUCCGCCUUUCCCUGUCCUGAGAUUGUGCAACUGGUCCCGGGCAGCGAGGCUGGAACCGACGCAGAGGUUUACAGUGCACGACCACAGUGACUGCAAGCCUCUGACAUCUGUAGAGAGGGUGCCGGGCUCCACAUUGUUCCUGGGACCCACCAGGCAAGUGGAUGACGUGUCCUUCCCAGGCCGUGCCCCGGCCCUGGCCCUGGCCCUCGGGGGCCCUGAGCUCCUGCUGGAUCUUGGUAGCUCCUACUAGCCUGGCCUUCUGCAUGGUGGCAGGCCUUCCCCUGGCAGUUCGGUGGUGGGAAAAGUAGCAGGUCCUCCGCCCACAGUGGGGGACAGGAGGGUGGGAGGCCUCCCAGAGCAAGGGAGGCUCUUGCUGCUCACCAGGGCUUGGUUUUUAGCUUUACUCUCUUGUAGAAGGAUUUGGAAAGAAAACCAAUAAAAUGCACCUAACACAUGGC